AUGAAAACUGUUGCGUCUCUUCUUGCAAUAAUUGGAGUCUUACUCACCCGUUGGACUGACAUCCGAGGUGACGAAAGUAUGUGCUAUAAGUUCUGCUGUGAGGAUAAUUCAAACAUAAAUUUAACAAACUGUUGCAGUGAGGCAACUUCGCAUCUGUUACCUCCACGGUUUUACAGCUUUACGUGCGUGAGGCAGCUUCUUGAGCUCUGCGCUUCUUCUGUAAACGAUUCUAAGAUUGAUGUGGCAAAGCAGAAUUUACAACAAAAUUGCAGAAUCAAUUGUACUGAAAAUGUCCUUACUACCUCUCAGUCAACAAACAUUUCGGUUAACUGGGAGGAGCCAAAGUUUUGGCCGGAGGAUAAAGAAUUACCUAGUGCUUUCAAACACAGUUGGGAAAAACGCGGGAAUUUAUUUUGCGGAUGAUGUCGCAUUUGUGGUGAACACGGCCAAAAGCGCCCUUAAACUGUUUGAUCACGUAUAAUUACCCUGUCUUUACUGGAGAGAAAAACUGCGAGAAAAAAACAUUUGUGUGUGGUUUAAACGCGCCACCAGCUUACUUAGUUAUGAAAGAAGGAAACAAUGAUAUCGUAACGGUGGUUUCCUAUUCUGCUGCCCAUCUCUGGCCAAUAAUUUGUAUCUGUGUCACUUGGACGUUGAUAUCAGGAGUUAUCAUAUGGCUGUUGGUAAGUUGAUCAGUCUCCCUCUCGAUAUACAAUGGGUAUUGAUCUGGUACUUGUUUUUACCUAUUUCAAAUCAUGUUCUAUUGUCUCAAGUGAGGCCCGAUAUUACUGUAUGAUAAAUCAAACUAUCGCCGAUCCUCAGCGUACUCAAGGAUGGUUUGGUAAGAAAAUGGCGUAGUAUAUUAAGGACUCACUGAACAUAUGCUACCCGUUUGGUCAUGACAUUUGCAUCCAAUCCAACCAUCGUGCCUCGGCGAUCUCCCUUAUCGAUUGCUCAACAACGUUUGUUCCGUUAUUCCUUCGCCAUAUAUUUUCAAUAAAUUCCAAUUCUACGAGGUUUUUGAAGAAAACGACAAAAGUUUUAAGUUUGUAAAACAUGUUUCGACAGAAACUUCUGUCAUCUUCAGUUGAUUACUAUACAAAGCGUUGAAGGUUGAAUUUAUAAUAAAUAGAGUGAUGCUUCAAAGGGUCUUUGGAAACGUCCUUACAUGGUGUAAUUGUUGAUUCAAAGAGGGUUGUUCUCUUUGAAUAUGACUAACCUCUUUUAUCUUGAGUUGAAAACCGGAGGGCGUGAUCCAAAACAUGGAGGCUAUCUGCUGAACACAAAGCGCGACAAUGUUCAGAAUCUUGCAGAUGUUUGAAAAUGUGAGUGCUCUCUAACACGCGUGGAAAGAUGCCGACGGGCUCCGUUUACGUGUGGUUUAUAAGUUUGCAUGUGUUGGCUGUAAUGCCUGUUACCUCCGCGAAACGUGCCAUGUAAAUCUCAAACUAUCCUUUUAAUUAUCACACUUUCAUGCUUUACCUCCUUCUUGUUGUCACCAUUUAUCAUAAUUAGCAUUUUUCUAUCUAUAUAAAUUCAACUUCCAGUGACAGGGCCUCUCACAUUUUCAAACAUCAGCGAGAUUCUGAACAUUGUCGCGCUUUGAGUUCAGCAGAUAGCUCAUAUGUUUUAGAUCACGCCUUAAAAGACUUAAAAGUUUUGUCGCUUUCUUUAAGUUCUUGACUAGCCUGCUAAUAUCAAGACCCUUCAGAAACAUUUUUCUCUACGAGGUUUGCAUUCAAAAGCUAGCUUUCUCGACAAAGAAUCUUUCAAUUCAUCAGAGCUUACUUUUCGGUUUCAGGAUCGACGAAAAAACUCUGAGGAGUUUCCACGGUCCUUCUGGGAAGGCGUUCGCGAAGGAACGUGGUGGGCAGUGGUUACCAUGACUACUGUUGGGUUUGUGGAAAUCACCUACUCUAGAUAAUUCUAUCAUGCAAAUUUAUUCACUCAAGCGGCAAAAAUUGUAGGAUGACUGGUUGCUGAUGAUUACUUGAUUUAUCUUACUUUGGGCGUGUGAAGACCAGAUAACUAGAAUAUUUUCUUACGGAUCAUUCUGGCCGGAUUUUAGAGAACUGCUGUAAUGCAUACCUAGAGAAACUGUACAAAAAAGUUAACUCUACUAUCUAAACAACUGUAUUUUUUUUCCUUUCUUUUCAAGAUAUGGAGACAAGUCCCCAAGUCUUCACUAGCUCGUAUUUAUGCUGCAGCUUGGAUGAUAAUCGGUAUGAUCAUUCUCUCCAUAUUCGCAGCUGAAGUUUCCUCCAUAUUGACAGCAAGUCAGACAAAACCUCACCAUUCUCUCCUGAAUCGAUCUGUAAUUAUAUCUUUAAAUCGUUAUUACUUUUUGUCUCAAUUGUCCUCGUGUAAAUGACAUGUAUGUUUAAUUUUGCAUAAUUUUGAAUCUCAAGCAUGAAAGGUACUGAAUAAUGCUUGCAAGAUGUUACAGGAUAUUAUGUUGAACUGUUCAAAUCGCACAAAAGGAAAAAAAAAAUUCAAAUAUUAGCGAAAGUCUCACGAUUAAUCCCCUGUAAAUUACAUUGCGACGUUUUUUGUGCAUGGUAUUAGGCUUUAUCGGGCGAUGAAGUCUUGAAUGUAAUGUUCAUUUUCAGCAAUAGCGACUUGCGCGAUAUGAUCCUCGUUGUUUCAGUUGGUCAGGUUGGACAAGCACCAAAACUUUUUUCGGUUCUAGUUUUCAAAGAUGGGCUUCAUAUUUAGUAAACAAACCCCUCAGGUGGCUGGUAAAUCGACUGAUAAUGCCCGCCGCUGCGACAUUUUCCGAAAAAUGAAUAUUUGGCCGAGAAGCGAAGCUCAGGUCAAGAGACAAAACCAAAUAUGACCACCGACAGAAGUCGCUGUUCGACAAACAAGCUUUAUAAAUUACGCAAAGGUAAAACUUGAACAACUUUAAAAAGAACUCAUAAUUAUAACAAAGCACCAAGCCGACAGACCAGCACGCCUGAACAGGUGUUAUUUAUUUUAGAACUCUUUUGCUAAUUUCCGUAUCCCGCUUUGACAGAAAAUUUUGUUGACUUUUUUUUGUACUGUCCGAAGCAGCAUUUCAAAUCAGCUUUUUUGAUGUCACUACCACCGGACUAUACAAACGAGUUCGUUUUUUCCUCCAUAUAAAGUAAUGAUGAUGAAAAGUGAAAUUCUUGAGGUGGCUUUUCUCCGCUGACUUUCGACGCACAUAUCAAACUCUUUCCCCAGUGCGACGAACAUUUGUUUUUCGGUUCCAGGUGUACGCAACCACUAACCCCACGUAAUACGCAUGCUCUCCGUUACGAAUUUUCAAAAUGGCGGACAGGUUAAAGAGGGAAAUUAAAAAACACAAAGCGAUUUUGCAAUGAAUUCUCAACAUACACCCUCGUUAGAAAGGCGAAUCCACGGAAGAAAGAUACAAAACUGUAUGAUAUUGAGAUCGAUAUGAUAUUAAAUCGAUAACGAGGGCCCGUUUCAUUGCCUUCCACCACGAUUAUUAGCUUUGUUGACAGCUUUCUGAAGGCAGAAUACUUUCUUUCUGAAGAUUUCAGAUAUGCGGCUAUUGAUUAUUACACCUCGUAUACCUGAUUGCUCAAACACUUUGUUUACGAUUGUUGAAAGGACCGACUCAUGGUUCUCCGUCUUCGUCUUGACAUUGCUUUGAAAUAGUAUAGACUAGUAAGCUGAAACGAAAAAUUAAUCAGGGAAGUUUACGAAAAAUCCAGCAAACAAGCUUUAAAAAGGCAUUUAUUCAUACUUCAUACUUCAAUGAACUUCACAAAUCUUACUUGUUUAUCUUGUAAGUAAACGAUGGCAGAUUAAUUCCCGAAGCGCUUUCUGAGUUUCCCGAUCCCUCUCCUACUGCUUUCACGCUUACAAAACAAGAAAAAUCAAAAGGAGGAAGAUACAGCUGUUUUGAAACGCCAUUUGACGAAGGUAAAUCUGCUUUUGUUCGACACUUUACAUAUCAAAACAAAGGAAUUUGUUCCUCCUUUUGAUUCUGGCGGUACAUUUUUUAAUUUGCGCCUGCGUAAAGAGAUAUCGCCCGAGACCCUUCGCUCGGUCGUGUUUUGAUCAAAAACGCCUUGUUAAUUUCACGCAACCGCUCGGAGAAAAGGUAAAAAUGACGAGGGAAAAACUUUACCUUCAAGUCAGAAAAUUAGCGAAAUAGAAAGCCACAAUAUUAUAGUUUAAUAUUUCAGAGGUACAUUGAGUGCUUUUUCCGUAGAGAAUCCGCACGAUGGUAAAACAUUCGAAAAUUACACUCGAUUUGAGUGGGGUGUUGAAGUGGACGUGGUCACUACAUUCAUGUUAAGACUAUUUGUACCCCAUGAGUUUGAUAUGAAUAAUCGGAGGACAUAUAUCGACGUGAACAGGGGUUGUUGCUUGAUAAUUGUGAUGCUGAAAAUAUUUGGCGCAAUUCGAUCAAGAGAUUUAAUUCCCCAAGGUCUCCCCAAGGUCAGUCGGCCUAUAACCCAAACAUGUUCACUGAGAGAAUUCUUAAGGGUAUGCACUAUAAAGGCGAUUUAAUAGACCCGUAGUGGCAACAACAGUGGCAGCAAUAGGAGGCUAUAAAAGGCAAUACAAAAAAGAAGAAAGACGCAUAAGAAUCUUCGUACCUAUCGCUAGCGCGGGCUUGUUUCGAAGUUAAUUAGUUUCCCUGUUAACGACGCAACAACCUAAACUUUUCUACCCUUAUGCUCUCUUACAGAUCGGAGUCCCUAAUGGCAGCAAGCAGUACUUUCAGGAGGAGUUCAGAGGCGCAAAAAUCAUAG